AUGUCUGCCAUUCAGUCUGUUAACCCCAAUGCAGAUGUCUUGAGGCAUGGACAAGCACUUUCUAUGAUGGUCAACUCUGCUUUAGGGCUGCAAACAGUGGUCAAGUCUAACCUGGGUCCAAAGGGUACCCUUAAAAUGCUCGUCUCUGGCGCCGGGGAUAUUAAAACUACCAAGGACGGCAAGGUGUUGUUAUCCGAAAUGAGCUUCCAAAACGCCACUGCUGCUAUGAUUGCUCGGGCAGCAACGGCCCAAGAUGACAUUACUGGCGAUGGCACAACAUCAAAUGUUCUGCUAAUCGGCGAACUGCUUAAACAGGCAUUCAGAUAUGUCUCGGAUGGCGUGCAUCCCCGUCCAAUUACGGAAGGAUUUGAGCUUGCUAGGCAAGAGGCUCUUCGUCUUUUAGAGCAAUUCAAAAUUACUCUCGAAAAUCCCUUGGAUAGAGCAACGCUGUUGGCUGUCGCAAAAACUGCGUUGAGCACAAAAUUGGCAAAAAAUCUCGCCGACUCGUUGGCACCUGCAAUCGUUGACUCCGUGCUGACAAUUGGAAGAUUUAACAACUCCAUUGACCUGCAUAUGGUCGAAAUCAUGAAGAUGUAUCACCAUUCCAUUUUCGAAUCAAAACUUGUUGUGGGACUUGUUCUGGACCAUGGAGCUCGCCACCCGGACAUGCCCAAACGGGUUAGCAAUGCGUUUAUUCUAACCUUGAAUGUGUCUCUCGAGUACGAAAAAAGUGAAGUCAAUUCCGGCUUUUUCUAUUCCUCCGCUGAACAGCGAGAUAAAUUAAUCGAGUCGGAGCGCAAGUUCAUCGAUAAUCGCCUGAAGAAGAUCGUCGAGUUCAAGGAGUCUGUAUGUAGUGAAGAAGCCGGCGAGAAGCGUGGAUUUGUGCUUGUUAGUCAAAAGGGAAUCGACCCCCUUUCGUUGGAUGUAUUAGCAAAACACGGAAUUUUGGCCCUAAGGAGAGCCAAACGUCGCAACAUGGAACGGUACUUUGAAGAAAUGCUAAUUUUGCAUAGAUUGACGCUACUUUGCGGUGGAUCUGCCUUGAAUUCGGUUGACGAUCUUACCCCAUCUGUGCUUGGAUAUGCUGGUAUUGUUUAUGAGCAGUCAGUUGGAGAAGAAAAAUUUACCUUCAUCGAACAGGUGGAAAAGCCAAAAUCAGUCACCAUCCUCAUUAAGGGGCCAAAUGCCCACUCGAUGGCUCAAGUUAAUGAUGCCAUUCGUGAUGGACUAAGGGCUGUUAAAAACACCAUUGAAGAUAGAUCUCUUCUUCCAGGUGCCGGUUGUAUCCAAGCAUUGUUACACGCCUCGUUAACCUCGCCCUCUUUUAAAGAUUCGAUUCUGGGAAAACCCAAAUUGGGUGUUCAAGCAUUUGCAGAUGCCCUUCUGAUCAUACCGAAAACCUUGUGUUUCAACGCCGGUCUUGACGCACAGGACGUUCUCGUAGCGCUUCAAGAUGAAAUUUCUGCCGGGAACAAGUCGGCCGGAAUUGAUCUUCAAUCUGGAUCCAUCCUCGAUCCCGCUCUGGAAGGCAUAUGGGAUAACUACAAAGUGCUUCGUCAUAUGAUAAGUUCAAGUGUCACCAUUGCUUCUAACUUGCUAUUGGUAGACGAAGUCAUUAGGGCUGGUCGCUCGUCUUUAAAAAACGAACCGUCCGAGUAG